UUCUAGCUAAUUUCCAGAUUGUCUUGAAAUAAACAUCACAUUUGAUAUCUUUAACGCAUUACAAUUUUAUUCCAAAUUUAUGGAAUUUCUUGGUUUAUCCAAUCACUAACUUAAUAUUCAAUUUAUUUGACCUAAAACUAUAAGUCAUCUGUGUUCCGUUUCUACCGUACGGGUUGGUGGUGUCCUGGGAAUAUGGGAUUGGAAAUAUCUCAUCUAUGACGGAAUAUGAAUCUGAAAAACUUCUUCCAAGACUUCAAUCCAAGUAAGUUCCUGGUCUUCUCCUGCUUGUUGGUGUUCUCACUUCUGUUCGCUCUGCGUCAAGAUGACUCAAUAUCAUGGAGCUAUUGGGUCAUAUUCCUUCCUAUCUGGCUGUGGAAGGGCACCGUCAUAGUUGGUGCGUCUGUGGGAAGCUACGUGUGGUGGAAAAACCCACAUUAUAGGAUGGAGGGCGACAGCUAUGUACAGUACAAGGCCAUGGUGAUGUGCACUGGCCUUCACCUUCUGCUUCUCAUGUUCGAGGUUUUAGCCUGUGAUAAUCUAGAGACGGAGAACCAUUCGUGGAUCCUUGUCUUCAUUCCACUGAUGUUUAUGUCCGUCGUGUCUAUUGGUAUCUGUGUCUGGGCUGUCAAGAAUGAAAGGUCUUUUGAGAUGGAGUUGUUUUGUUCUGUCAAUGUUCUUCAGUUUAUUUUUCUGGCUUUGAGACUGGAUAAGAUCAUUAACUGGAGUUGGGUGAUUGUGUUUAUUCCUAUCUGGGUCGUCAUGUGUGUUGCCCUCAUCGGUGUGCUGUAUGCGGUCGUGCUUGCUGUCAUUCUUCUCAAAUCACCUGAUAUUAUUCCUGAGCAGCGACGAGGCAACAUCUCCUCAGCAAUUGGCUAUUCCUUUCUCGUCAUUCCUCUACUAGUAUUCGAAAUAUUACUUGCUGACCGUAUGGAUAACUCUACAAAUAACCCGAAAAACUACACGGCUGUGACAGUGCCCCUUCUCAUGUCCCUCGUCACGCUGGUCUGUCUGUCCUUCGGGUCAAAGGGAGGCAACCACUGGUGGUUUGGAAUCAGAAAAGACUUUUGUCAGUUCGUUCUUGGGGUGUGUCCAUUUCUCCAGGAAUAUGGAAACAUAUCCUAUUCUAUACAGAACAAUGAAACUGAAUCCGAAGAGAGUUCGGUGGACACGUCGGAAAAGUUGAAGACCAGCACCUCAAAGAAGGACCUUGUUGAUGAACAGCCUCGAGCUGUUGUGCCUGUGUUGUCCAUUGAGAUGCCGGACUGAAACACAGAAAAACAUAUUUAUACAAGAUAUUUUUGUGUGUUUAUUGUCUGUUGUGAGCUGGAGGAUUAUAUACUACUCAAAAGAAGUUAAAGAGCAUCCAAUUAGUUAUAUUACUGAGACCCGUGAAGGUCCAGGGUAGAAUAGGUCUUCAGCAACCCAUGCUUGCCGUAAAAGCCGACGAACGGGGUCAGGCUCACUGACUUGGUUGAUGCAUGUCAUUGCAUCUCCAAUUGUGUGGAAUGAUGCUCAUGAUGUCAAUCACUGUUUUGUCUGGAACUGACAUGAUUACUAACUGACCACCGUCAUAUAGUUGGAAUAUUGCUGAGUGCGGCGUGUACUCUUUUGAGUUAUAUAUUUAUUAGAGUACACCCACCCUAAAAAACUGGAGAUCCAGGUUAGAAUUGAUCUUCAGCAACCCAUGCUUGUUGAAAUAGGCAACAAAUGGGAUCAGGUGAUCAGGCUUGCUGACUUGGUUGAUGAAUUACGUAUAUCGAUGCUCAUGAUGUCAAUCAAUGGAUUGUCUGGUCCAGACUCGAUUAUUUACAGACCGCCGUCAUAUAGCUGGAAUACUGCUGUAUGUGGCGUUAAACAAACAAACAAACAAACAUAAAACUGGAGGAUUAUCAUGGUCUCUUCUCAACUCUCAUUGUGACCAGCCAGUCCCCACGGUAGUUACUUUUUAUUGAUUUUACUUCGGAAAUAGUUGAUGCCUGGGUAUUUGUACAUUUUAAUUGAGUGAGUGAGUGAGUGUGGUUUUAUGCCACUUUUAGCAAUAUUCCAGCAAAAUCGUGGCAGCAGACACCAGAUAAUGAAUGUGAGGAAUCGAACUAGGGUCUUUGGCGUAACAAGCCAACACUUUAACUACUCGGCCACCCACCGCCCUGAUUCCAAAUGACAUUACAAGGCAUCGGACACUCCUUGUCAGCCUGGAAUGCAAUGGUGUAAUCAUACAAUGGUUCAUAGCACAUGCUUCCAUGAUAACUGAACCGGUCUGCUUAGGAGAAUGUGGAAAAAAUAACUAAAUCGAAGUUUUACUGAUACAUAUUGAUCAAACUUUAAUUAAUAUUGUAUCCAUUUACUCAAGCCCAAUGGCACAUUUUUCUAAUUUAGGAUUGAGGAAAAUUUACUUAUCAAGAAAAGAAUUCAUGCAAAGAGAUUAGUCCAGGACAUUUCCGGGCUUUCAAUCACAUUUAAUCACAUAUCUAAACCAACACACUUUUUAGAUAUGAAAUUUCUUCAAAUAGCUUAAUGUGGUUAGAGGAAUUUAAAAUCAUUAGUGUAGACAUAUGAGGGCUUGGUGUGUGUCAGAUGUGUCGGAUUACAGGUUGACUGGUAGUAUCAGAUGUUGCAGUUUCUAAUGCAGAGUUGCUUCCCUUAAUCGUUCCAGUAUCUGCUGAUCAUGGGAAAGAACCUCAGAUUUUGUCCUGAUAAUGACCCUUGGUUUGUCAACAUUUGCACCUUAUGGGUUUCACUGAAAUGGUAAACUUGUUACUUUGGGUGAGUGAGUUGGGUUUAACGUCGCUUUUAACAGUAUUCCAGUUAUAUCGGCUUAAUGUGGGA